CCUGAAAGCGUGUUGGUAAUGUUCCCAUGGCUACCACAACUUUUGUUUAUGCUAGUAGCUUGCUAACAUCGCUUUAACCUAAGUUAGAUACUUACGCUGGUGCUGAAAUAGUUGCUAGAUACAGACACAAACGUAAACAUAUAACAAACAGUUACCAAAUGAGCGUAGAGUUGGAUAUUAUUCGGGUUUUAUGAAUUCAAUCUCGUUUGUUGCAUCCUAGGCCUGCGCAAACCACCGCUUAUUUACGUUAACAGUUGACGUUAAAGUUAGAACUAGCUAGUUUCCACUGUAACAGCUAGAAUUAGAUUAACGUUACCGUUACCAUAAUGGAAUUUGGCUCGAAACUUCAAGAGAUGGAUCUGACAUCAGACGAAAUAAGCCGUCUGAGCAAAGCUUUGAAGGAUGAAACUUUUCGGAAAAUGUUACACGAAUAUGCAGAAGAAAUUUCAAAUCCAGAAAACAAGAACAAAUACGAGGAGGAAAUAAAGCUUUUGGAAAAGGAAAGGGGCAUGGACGUCCAGUUCCUCCAUCCGAAGCCUUUUCGUGUACUGAAAACCAGUGACGGUAAGCAGAAGUGCUUCAUCAAUAUCUGUUCAAAUGAGUUAAUCAGAACCGCAGAGUGCAAAGCCGUCGCCGAAGAUGGCAGAAAAGGUCUGAACUGGUCACUUCCAUACAGUCUGACACCAGGAAGGUUAGAUGUGGAUUCGAAUGGAAACAAGCACAUGAUAUACGACGUCGUUUUUCAUCCUGACACUCUCCACAUGGCAAGUAAAAAUGAUAGAUUCAUGGAACUUGUCGACAGUACUGCAAUGGACGGGAUACAAAACUCGUUCAAGGUCAAGCUGGAUAGGAAGAACACGAAAAUUCUGAAGACAAAAUACAAAGGUGCACCCCAUGCAGCUGUGAUAAGGCAGCCAACACCUGGACAACAAACAACACAAAAAGUUACGGACAAAAAUGAUCCCUUCGCAUUCCCUUACCCGUAUGACAAGGGCGAGACAUUGUCAACAAUGAACAACGAUACAACGAGCUUGUCUGGUGGGCAGUCAACACACACGAAACCUGCUAAAACCAUACAAACUUGCGGUUCAGAGGAGCAACCCAUAGAACCAGAGAAGCAUCCUACAGAACCGCAUUACACUAUAAAAUACAGGUCAGUUGUUGAUUUACAAGACUACAGGUGCUCCAGAGACUCUGCACCCAGCCCACGCCCCAGAGAAAUAGAGAUUACCAUUGAUCUGCCUUUGCUCAAGUCUGCGGCGGAUGCUGACCUGGAGGUGACAGAAAAAGAGAUUUUUUUAAAAUCCAGUAAGCCUGCAUACCUUCUAAAGCUUAACUUGUCCUACCCUGUGGAUGAAAAGAAAGGACUGGCCAGGUUCAACAAAAAAAAGAAACAGCUGGUUGUCACCUUGCCAGUUCUUCCUCUUAAGGAAUCUCCUUUGAGUUCAGAGAGCCUGGAAUUUCUUGCUGUUGGUGAUGGUGAAAGGGAACUGAAUGGGCCAAUCACUGAGGAGCCAGAGGAAAUAACUUCAACUGGAGAUAACCUGCAGACAGACAAACACAUGUGUAUUAAAACCGAUACUGAAAAGUCUGGUUUAAAUGUUCAGUGUGGGGAGUCUACUGUGGACAGUGCACUCUUGUCAGACUGCAGUGGGCUGCCAAAGCCAAGAUUGAUUGAGAAGGAACGGCAUAUAUCUUCCUCAGAUGUCAAAGAGGAUACUCCACAGUCAACUGACCUUACCAGUGCUGAAUCUUUCACUGAUUACACUGAAGAGGAGUCUGUACAGGAACCUAGAAUCAGAGAGGUGGAGGUGGACACAUCCAUAGAUGCUACAGCAAGCUCAUUAAUAGAUGACACACUGGAAGAGAUCUCUGACAGUCUCCUUGCUCAAGGUGAAACACAGGAUACAGACAAGUCCAUCCUGGAAGAUGAGGAACGAGAGGACUCAGGUUCACAGGUGAACACUAGUGUGAUGCCUCAGCAGCUGUCUGACAUCGACAACUCUGUGGCCCCACAUCACCAUGUGAAUGACAGUCCAUCGCAGGACAAAGUCCAGAGCACACGCGAAGACAUGUCUGAGCCGCCUUGUUUUGUGUCUGACAUACGCAGUGACGGUAACAAGAAUGAAACGGUAAGUCAUGUACAGGCCAAAAAAGCUGUGCGGUUCAGCGAAAGAGUGUCUGUGGCUGUGGAACGUGACGAGGAUGACUUGCCUGAAGAGCAGAGCUUCACUGGCACUAAACACAUCAAGCAGCCUAGAGUAGUUCUGCGCGAGAUGAACUCCGAGGACGGGACCGAGGUCGUCAUCAGCGAUCACACAACGUCCUCUGCUUUCGUGUUCCAGAACUCCCUUCUUUACGAGCUCGACUGAAAUACUGAGCGACACUUGAAUUAAUAUAGUGAGCCUACAGGGAGUUUGAACUUUUACUUCUGAGUUGUCUCACAAGAUUCAUAAAUGUACCAUAUAAAAGUGAGAGGAAAUUAAGUCAUUCUAUAACAUGAUUAUGGAAAGAUUUCCUUUUUGUCUGAUAGCCUACA